AAAGUGUGGAGUGUAAGAAUAGAAAAGGGUGACAGAGGAGUUGUAUAGAUCAUCGAUCACCCUACGUAUAUGCCGAAAGAAUAGUCGUGACGUCAUGGAAAAUCCAUUUAAAUGGACUAUUUUUAACUAUGUCUGUAUAGUAUGGUAUGUGUUUACUUGGGCAUUACCUUAAUAUAUAUAUAUAUAUACAUGUAUCCACGGCUCUCAAAGGAGGGGAAAUAAACAUAAACUACACAUAUACAGCUUCCCAAUACAGAGGAAGGAAGCAUGUCAGCACAAACGGAGGACCAGAGGAGAGAAGACAGGGAAUCUGUUGCUGUCCGUCUAGCCAGCUUACAACGGGUGGACGGUAACAAACAUUGUGCUGAUUGCGGUGAGCGAGCACCAAAGUGGGCCUCCUGGAACCUGGGCGUGUUCAUUUGCUUGCAAUGCGCAGGGCUACACAGAAACCACUUGGGCACACACAUCAGCAAAAUAAGAUCCGUGCAUCUGGACGCGUGGACCGAAGAACAGGUUGCCAAUAUGGAGCAGAUGGGAAACAUCAAAGCAAACGCAGUAUAUGAGGCUAAUCUUCCUGAAGAUUUUGAACGACCACAAGACAAUGAAGCUCUAAUGAAAUCAUUUAUAAAAGACAAGUAUGAACUCAGGAAGUACAUGUCUACAAAUGUAACUGACUUCUCCAUCGGAAUACCACCAAAAAAUGGAGGAGAAUCCAGCUCGUCCGAAAAGGCAUGUGGGUAACGCUCUUUAACGCUCUCUGCACCCCAGCAAAAUCGAUGGCUCGGAAUGCAGCAUCUUGUUGCUGGAACGAGAAGACUAGUUUGCUCAUUUGAUGUACAUCAAAAGAAUCUUUCGGUCGCGUAGCGGUAACAUUGACUGUCUUUGACGUCGGGUGUCUCUACUCUUAAAUCUUCAAAGGACAGGUAUCAGCCUUAGGGAUUGGUCAGGUAUUUAUUUUACCCAAGACCAAUCAAACAGCUAGCCGUGUGCCAUCAAUUUUGCUAUGACAUAUUCCAGGGAUGGAGAGGGAAAGUGAGCGUAACACCUGGAGUAUCGAGGAUGUCUUUUUAUAUGUUUACUUCAUCUCUGUUAUAGGGUUCAUGAUGUAACGUUCUAUGACAGUCGAGCCGUCCACACACCACACCAGUAAUCUCCAGAACACUGGACCUUGUCGGAUUGUAGAAAGAAAUGUGUUACAGAUUUCAAUGUACACCCAAUCGUCUAUGCUGAAAUAAGUGUGUGUCAAACAUCGAUUCUGAAAGGGGGGUAACAUUGCGGACAGAAAGGGGGGUAACAUUGCGGAGAGAAAGUGGGGUAACAUUGCGGAGAGAAAGGGGGGUAACAUUGCGGAGAGAAAGGAAACCAAAGCGUUGUUGGAGAAAUUAAUCAAAGGAGCGAAAUUUUAAUGUGAAAAUGUACAUAAUGAUAUUACUUAUACACCUCUUUGUCAAUUUCAUUCAUAUUUUGUACAUAUGUCAAGAAUAAAGCACUCUA